AAAUGUGAUUUGUGUCUUCAAAAUGGAGUUUAUUCUUGAACAAAGCCAAAUUCGUGAAGAUUACAAAGUGAAAUCAAAAACAUCACCAGUGAUAGUAGUGUGGCGCAAGAAACCCACCAAAGGUCUUCUUACUCUGUUCAUUUUUGCCGUUGUAGUCCCAGUCCUUGUUUAUUUUUUUGUAUUUGAUAAAGGAACAUUUCCUGUCGAGGAACCAAACACUUGCUCUGUUGGCACAACAUAUAGGAUAACAUGUGGUAGAACGGAUAUAAAUGCAACUUAUGCUUAUUGCACCAAUAUCAAAUGUUGUUUUGAUAACUCAACAAGACUCUGUUAUCACUAUUUACCAUCAAAAUAUUAUUACUACAAUAAAGGCAAUUUUGAAACGUAUGAAAGAAGUUUAGAAAAGUCGCCUUUUGGACAAGAUUUAACCAAAGAAAUUUCACUAACAAUCAACGAAAUUGAUGAAAAUAGCGUACAAAUUAUUUUACACGAUUUCAAUGUAACAGUAGACUCAAAUACAGUUCCUGAUAAAAAUUACAAAGUCAAUAUAAGUAAAGAUCCCUUGUAUGUGGAAAUUGCAAGAAAGAAUUCUGAAGAUAUUCUUUUAACAACAGCAGAUGGUCCUUUGAUAGUAUCAGAAAAUUUCAGGGAAUGGUCCUUCCAACUUACAGAUCAGUACUUAUUUGGAUUGGGUCAAGUCCUAAUUGAUUUGGACGAAAAUUCAACUCUUACUAAAGUCAUUUAUGCCAACAACAAUGACCAUAAUACUUUGCCAGUGUUCAUGGCUUAUAAAAAUGGACUCUAUCAUGGGUUGGUUGUACGACAUAGUGGCCUUCUAGAAAUUACAGUUUUACCAUCAAAAUUAGUCAGUUUGAAAAGUUUAGAGAGGGAAAAAAUUAUCUUGGAGUUAAGUGUAGGGCCAACACCACACGAUGUGAUAACGCAGCAGAAGAAAGGAAAAUGGGGGACAAUUGAUAUGAAAACACUUGGAGUCCACAUUUGCCGGGAAGGAAGUGCCUCAACUCUUAAAGACAUUCUAAGUGAUUAUACUCAAGAGAAAAGUAUUGAUUUUCCUUAUGAGUCUGAUUGUUUCCAUGAUAACUUACUUAUGGCAUUGAGAAAAGAAAAGUCGGAACAAAAUAUCAAUACUGUGCUUGAAAAAAUUAAAGGUUUUACAGAUAAUGGACACAGUUUUAUGCUUUCGGUGUCCCCGCAUAUACUUUUUGGUAGUGCACUUUACGAUAAUGGUACAGAAUUAGGUAUUUUUUACAAGAGUGAUAAUAAAACUUACAAAGGGCAGUAUCUUAAAAACACUGUCGUAUUUCCGUAUUUUAAACACAAUUCUAUUGAUUUGUUUAUGCAAAUAUUGGUUGAAGAAUUGAAAGGAUAUUUUAAAGACAUGUUUCCGAGUGAUUUUGUGUUGAAAAGCAAUUGGCCAAGAGACGAUUCUUUCGAAUUUGACGAUUACGAAAAUUUCCGAUUUUUUUCACAAGAAAUAAUUGACGCCAUGUCUUAUACUCUUCCUUGGGACGUUUACAGUGGAAGCCAAUUACAAAUGUUGGACCAUAACGACUAUGGUGCUCUUCAAAUUCAAAAAUUUUUGAGUGUUUUAUCAAACAGUUCACUUAUGACUGCGUCACACAAUUUUGAAACAACCCAUCCACUCAUAAUCCAGAACGUGGCUAUUUCUUGGGUUAAUUUCAAAAAGGCUAUUUCCCAAAUUUUGUAUAAUAGCAUUGCUGGUAAUCCAAUGACUAGCAUUCCGAUUUGUGGAUCGACUGGUAAUUUUGAUGUUUCCACACAUGAGGCUUUAUGUACCAGAUGGUACCUCAUGGGUACCACUGCACCCAUUUUCCGCAUUUCGUCCGAUAUGCCAAGACGUGAUCCGACUUCUUUGGGUUCUGGUGCAUUUGGACAAGCAGCUCGAAGAGCUAUUGAAAUUAGAUAUAGUCUGCUUUAUUAUUAUUACACGGUUCUAAAUCAAGAUAAAGAGCCUUUGAUGAGGCCAAUGUUUUACGACUUUACUUCCGAUAACGACACUUUUUCUCUGAUUGAUCAAUACAUGGUAGGAAAGCAUUUGUUGGUAGCACAUCCAACCUUGCCUGACCGAACACAGAUUACGCUUUAUUUACCCAAAUCGGUCAAUGUUUGGUAUGAGUUUUGGGGAGGCGAAGCUUAUGGCUCUUCUAGAAACAAGUCUUGGAUUACUUUAACUUUAGUUGAUACUGAUUUGGUUGCGUUUGUGAGGGAAGGAGGGAUUAUUCCAUGGACUACUGAUGAUAACGAAACAAAAAUUGUGCAACUUAAAGUGGCCUUGAAAUGUGAUAAUAAUAACAACUGUGAUGCUGAAGGUGCAAUGAUGGUAGGUUUGGGGCUCUUGACAUUUCAAUCGACUGAAAAAAAAUUGACCGUGGUGAAAAGUGGAGACAUUGGAAGCGAUAAGAAAUUCAUCUUAAAUGAAAUUAUCCUGUUUCAAUCGGGCUCUAGUACAAGAUAUUUUGAUUUUACAGAAGGAAAGAAUUUAAACGAAAUUAGUGAUACGUGGACCUACAUCUACGACGAAAAUUUAAUUUAAUAACAAACCAUUUUUUUAUUAAAAAUUCAUUACAAAAAUUUUUCUAAUGUCCUCCCUGUUCUCCAAAAAUUUUUAUUAUUUCAUCAUUAUGCGGAUUGACAGGUCCUAAAACAGGAAGCUCCUCCAAGAAAUUCCAAACUGUUUCAGUCAACAAAAUUUGGGCUUUCUGGAAAGACAUAUUUACCUAAAAUUUUUGUAUGGUUUAAAAACGUUUUUACUUGAUUUGGAUGUAGACUAUCCACGGGUUCAAGAAAUUCCGUUAUGUUAAUUUUCCCAUGGCGUACUAAAUAAUUAAUUGGAUUUUGAAUAUAAUGGACUUGAAAAUUUUUAAACGUUUCGUUUGUCGCUAUACAUUUUAAAAUUGUUGAUAGUUUCCUUGCCCUCUGAAAAAAAAUCAGUUUACGUGAAUUUUAUUCAAUUUAACUCACUUUACUGGUGAUGUUUCGAAGUGUUUGGUUUGCGUUCAACCAUCCUGUACAGGGUCCAAUUUGCAUACAGUUGAACCACUCGUACAAAUUUUUGUAAAAUACAUUUUUGUGCAAUCGUCCUAAAAACACUAGAUAAAUGUUUAUUUUUU